AUGCGGCCGACGCGGGGCUCUAGCCGGCUAGUCGUCUCCCUACUAACACUGCUCGCGAUCGUUGUCGUUUGGUUUGCCUUCCUCAGCGGUCUCCUCUCCUCCUCCUCCUCCUCCUCCACCUCCUCCCCUUCCACCUCUCCGCCAAACGCGCGAAGUAGCUUCGGCACUGGCAGCCUCGAUUCAAAUGCCGCUGCUGACGUGGAUGAGUUUGAUUGGUCGAGAACGAGUCAGUCUCUGCCGUGCGAUCUGGCAGAUGCGCUCCAGUGGCAGCCGCAUUUGCCGGCCGCGGCUCUGAGGCGCGCGGUGUCUUAUAAAGGGGAUAUGCUGCGACUGGACAUGUUCCUGUACAAGCUGGUGGUGCAGCGGCUGCCAGUGACGGUGGCAGUGGUUGGCGGGCCAGUGACGUUCCUGUCUGCGGGGCACAGGGGGCCGCAGCCAGUGCUGUUCAACCAGGGGCUGUACGGGACCACGGGGGAGAGGAGCCACUCUCCACCACAGGGCUGGCUUUCCGCCGCUCUGGACAAUCUCAUACGCGCCUUCCCCCCACGCCACCUCAAGCAGUGGCGCGCGCCCGGCCAAUCAAAGAGUGCUGUGGUGGCGGAGCCCUAUUGGCUCAUCAACCUGGGCCUGCCUCGUGGCAGCCUCGCCACGUGGGCGUCCUGUGAUGGAGCCACCUUUCUGCAGUCCCUGCCUGGUGACGUGGACCUGGUCAUCGCUGAGCUGGCGUUAUCUGACCAGGGCGAGGCCAAGGGGCAGGGCGCGGGCUCCUUCCUGCAGAUGUACGACUCUGUGCUGCAGCAGUUGCUGCUGCGCUGGGGGGGUGGGGCGCCUCAAAACCCUCCUCAGACGCGGCAGUGGCAGAAAGGGAGAGGAGGGCUGGAGGGAGUGAAGGCGGCAGCGGGGGCAGCGGUGGUUAUGGUGAAUUUCUUCUCCUUCUGCCGUGGCAACCAGGCAUGCAGACAGCAAGAGGACCCCUCUCUCUCCUUCGCUGACGUGGGUCCGUUCUCCUUCGGCCUGCCUCCCCACCACCCCGCCUACCCCCACCGGGCGCCAGAGGUGGUGUCAGAGGACAAUAUAACGGUGCUCGCUCAGUACUAUAGCCUCCCUGUGCUCUCCACAAGGGACGCCUUCUUUACCCUCCUGGGUCACCAGGCACCGGGUUAUCGGUUGAAAGACGUGGUCACCACAGGCCCCUCCAGCCUUCCACUGCACGUGGAGCCUGACACCCUUGCCUCCGCCAUUCCUCCUGCUGCUGCUGUAGCUGACGGUCUCAUCGACUGGCUUGCAGAGAUCCAUGAGGACAAUGCCACUCUCUCCUCCUCCUGUCGCCCCCGUUUCCAACCUCCUAACACUCUGUGUGACCUCUCCUCCACGCCCACAGGUCUCAUGGACCGACUGAGAGAGAUCCAUGAGGACAAUGCCACUCUCUCCUCCUCCUGUCGCCCCCGUUUCCAACCUCCUAACACUCUGUGUGACCUCUCCUCCACGCCCACAGGUCUCAUGGACCGACUGACAGAGAUCCAUGAGGACAAUGCCACUCUCUCCUCCUCCUGUCUCCCACCGCCCUUCUUCUCCCGCUGGAUCCACUCCACUGCUGCUUCCGCCUUACAACCUCUGGCCUCUCUCAAUAACCUCCCCAAUCACCUCUCCCAUUGA